CUAGAGAGCUUUCCGGAAGUGCCUUUGGGGCAAGAUGCGCGCUGCCGGGUGCUGUGCCUCGGCGGCCUUAGGACUUGGCGGCUGCGGGGUCCUUGUUGGGUGCCGCGGUCCUCCUCUGGUCCCCCGAGCCCGUCCUCGUCCCUGGCCGGCCUCCGUCCUUCGCACAGGCCGCUCUGGGACCGGCGAAAUAUCCUCGGGCCCUCACAAGGGUCUUCUGUUAAGAUAAAGAAGGUAGUGGAAAACAACCUCCCUGACCUGUUCUGGCCCUAAAUGGCUGCGGACUCCGGAAGACCUGCAGCCCCAUCUCCGCCAGAGCAGACCCCUGAAGAGGACCUCGUGAUUGUCAAGGUAGAGGAGGAGGAUCAGAGUUGGGACCCGGAAUCUACUCCGCAUGAAAAUAACCCUCCUGGCCAAGAGCUCUUCCGCCUGCGCUUCAGACAGUUGUGUUACCAGGAGACGCUGGGACCCCGGGAAACUCUGAUCCAGCUCCGGGCGCUUUGUCAUCAGUGGCUGAGGCCGGAUCUGAACACCAAGGAGCAGAUCUUGGAGCUGCUGGUGUUGGAGCAGUUCCUGACCAUCCUGCCUGGGGAGCUGCAGACUCUGGUUAAGGAGCACCCGUUAGAGAAUGGAGAGGAGGUGGUGACCCUGCUGGAGGACUUGGAGAGGCAGGUUGGCAUCCUAGGACGGCCAGUGCCGGCUUGUUUGCACGGAUGCAGGGUCCUCUGGGAGGAGGUGACGAGUUUGGAAUCUGCACCAGAGCCUCCCAGUACUCCACUCCGAGCUGCGCCAAUGCAGGCCUUGUGUACUUCUCAGAGUCCUACCUCUUCUCAGAAAGGAAAUUCUGGAGACCAGGAAAUGACAGCCACACUUCUUUCAGCAGGGUUCCAGACGUUGGAGAAGAUUGAAGACAUGGCUGUGUCCCUUAUUCGAAAGGAGUGGCUUCUUAAUCCAUCGCAGAAGGAUCUGAGUAGAGAUAAUAGACCAGAGGAUUGUAGAAACACGUUCUCCCUGGGUGGUGAGACCAGGAAUGAGAACAGGGAAUUAGCUUCAAAACAGGUAAUACCUACUGGAGUCCAGCCACGUGGAGAGACAGCUGCCAAGUGCAACGGGGAUGUUUUCAGGGCUCUUGAGCGUGGAGAAGCCCGAGAUCCUCUGGGCAGAUUAGAGAGGCAGCGGGGAAAUCCUACACAAGAAAGACGACAUAAAUGUGAUGAAUGUGGGAAAAGUUUUGCUCAGAGCUCAGGCCUUGUUCGCCACUGGAGAAUUCACACUGGGGAGAAACCCUAUCAGUGUAAUGUAUGCGGUAAGGCCUUCAGUUACAGGUCAGCCCUUCUUUCCCAUCAGGAUAUCCACAACAAAGUGAAACGCUACCACUGUAAGGAGUGUGGUAAAGCCUUCAGUCAGAACACAGGCCUCAUUCUGCACCAGAGAAUCCACACUGGGGAGAAGCCGUAUCAGUGUAAUCAGUGUGGGAAAGCUUUUAGUCAGAGUGCGGGCCUUAUUCUGCACCAGAGAAUCCACAGUGGGGAGAGACCCUAUGAAUGUAAUGAAUGUGGGAAAGCUUUUAGUCAUAGCUCGCACCUCAUUGGACACCAGAGAAUUCACACUGGGGAGAAGCCCUACGAGUGUGAUGAGUGUGGGAAAACCUUCAGGCGGAGCUCACAUCUGAUUGGCCAUCAGAGGAGCCACACCGGGGAGAAGCCCUACAAAUGUAAUGAAUGUGGGAGGGCCUUUAGUCAGAAGUCAGGUCUUAUUGAACAUCAGAGAAUCCACACUGGGGAAAGACCUUAUAAAUGUAAAGAAUGUGGGAAAGCUUUCAAUGGGAACACUGGCCUCAUUCAGCACCUGAGAAUCCACACAGGGGAGAAACCGUAUCAGUGUAAUGAGUGCGGGAAAGCCUUCAUUCAGAGGUCGAGUCUAAUUCGACAUCAGAGAAUCCACAGUGGAGAAAAGUCUGAAUCCAUGGCCGUUUAGGAAAAGCUUGUCGUAGUUUGAACAGUGUUCGGCAUUAGGGAAAGCACGCACUGGUGAAGCUCUUUCAGUG